CUAAUGGUAGAUAGAGUGAUUGAAGACAAUGCUGGAGUAUCAGCUGUUGCAAUUAAAAAUGUAUAUCAUUUCUUUCCUGGGCAUUUCCAAGAAAGACCAAUUAUGCCUACCUGGAGUUCUCAUGGUUGAGGACCCCCAUUAAUAUGUAAGAAGACUGAAGUGUAGCUUCUUCGAAGUUUCUCUUGCGAUGAUAACGACUCAAAGUCUCAAACUCAAUUAUAUCCUUCAAAUUCUCCAGAUGAAACCUAUUUGGCCUUUGGGAAUUUCUGCUUCCAUGUACAUGUGUGUAUAAAUCGGAGUUUCUGCCUCAAAAAGGGAAAGUUUCUCAUAUUGCUCUCAUCAGAUGAGUGCACAACACAACAAUUGUUAAGGAGCAGUAACAUGGUGAUUAAAGAAAGUUUACUUCGCAUUAACAGGCUCUUGAGAAGCAAGAAAAUUAGUGCAUCACAAACACUGAUAGGCAGGAAUUACGGGUGGCAUCGUGCACCAUUACGAAGCAGAACUACAAGUCCACAAGCGUCAAUAUUGAUACAAAGAACAAUUGAACAUCUUGCCGCUGAUAACGAAAUAGGUAACCAAGAAGUUGUGGUUACAGUUUCUUAAAGGACCCCUUUACCAUAACCAGGAGAGCCCUGCAUGGAAGACAACAAAGGAAGUGGCGUGGAAUCAUAUUUGCAGAACAACUAGUAGUAUUACUGGGGCUUUAAGAGAAAGUGACAUGUAUAAUCUUUAUGUUGCUGCAGUGAGAAAGGUGAAGAACGAAGGUUUAGAUCGCUAUUAUAAGGAUAGUGAGGGAACCAUCCAUCACCUCGGUGAGAAUGAAUAUCUACAUAUGAUGAUUUAUGAUGGCUGUUUUUUGUUGCAAUUAAUUCUGUUUGUUCUUGGUUGAGAGAAAAAACUCAAGCACAUUGUGGAUCAUCCGGUAUUUGGGCAACUUGAGGGUGACAAAGUAUCCAUGAUAAGAGAUGCAGUUUCAUCUAUAUUUGUGGUAGGUAACCAAGUUCCUCUUGUAGUGCUUCAGGCAUUGAUGAAACAAAGUUUCUUUCAGGAAGUUGUUAAUGGUGGGAUAUGGGAACAGCCAAUGGACCUGGAAAGGUGGGUCUUGUUUGAGCUCCUGCUGGUCCCUUCUUUGAUGGAUAGCUCAAAAUAUGCAGUAGAAGUCAUAACAAUUCCAACUGCCUCUCUAGCUGAAUACAUGCACAGCCGAAGAACUGGAGGUAACUCGCUUGCAAUUCAAAGUAGGUUCUCCGAAACCAAAAAGAGGGUCGCUUUAAAAGAUGCCCCGAUUGACCUCCUUCACGGGCUUUGGUUGUUAGUGACAGGUUCAUCUCAAAAACCCAAAAAGGAUGGUUCCAUUGAAGAUGAAUAUAUCUAUGCAGGAGAAGAUGAUAGUACAAGUAGAAGUGACCACAUAUACGAUGUUGUCCGUCAAACAGUACGAAGUGCUACAGAGCUUAAAGAAGAAGGCAUCGUUUUUCAGUGUAAUGAAGGCACAAGGAUUGAUGGAAUCAAGUUCAAGCAAGUUAUGUUCAAUGCAACUCUAAUCAUCCCUCGUCUCAUAGUAGAUUCUGAGCAACAUCUUUACAUGUUGUUCAGUAACUUGAUCGGAUACGAAAUUACACACUUUGGGCAGAAGCAGCGUGAAGUGUGUGAAUAUCUAGAGUUGAUGCGUGAACUCAUUAGAUCAGCAGACGAUGUCAAAGUCCUUGCUGCAAGCGGAGUCAUUAUUGUGGAUCCCAAUCUGGAGGAAAAGAUUCCACUUCUCUUUCGAGAUUUACCUUUUCCAAUGGUGAUGAGAAGCCAUGGUGGUAGUCUGAGACGGGUUAGAGAUGAACUCAAUAGUUAUACUCGACCCAGUGCAUUUAAGAAGUUCGGUGAAGUGCUUACCAUUGUGGUGAUUCUUAGUCUAAUUCAAACUGUGUACACCAUGCUUAGCAUUCAUUUAAAGAAGUAGCUAAACAGAUUGUUUCAUUUAUGUGUAAUAAGUGGCCAGUAAACAAGGCCUUUUAUGUUAUAGAGGUAGAUGAACCGAUUAUUUUGUGAAAUUUUCUAAUUUUAUUUGUAUGAUUGGCCGGUGAAGGAGGCUAUCUAUG